AUGUGGCAUAGCACUUUUGUUUCCUUCUCCAAGGAGCCUGGAGCGCUGGACUUGACCAAUGCCAGGAUUCUAGUCGAUGAAGCCGACCACAAGGGAGUCAAGAUUGCUGCUACGAUGUUAUCUGAGGAUGUGGCUAGAGUCACCAAAGGACCCUCUAACACCGUCGAGUAUUACACAGGGAGCACAGCCUCCGUCGGUUCGACUCCAGCGGCCAUCAUUGUCGGCUGCAUCGAGUCGAGCCGGCUAUUGCAAGAGUUGGAGAAAGCAGGAAAGGUGGAAUUCACCGGAAUUCGAGGCAAAUGGGAGUGUUUCUGCACCAGCCUCGUGGCUGAUCCACUGCCAGGAUGUGAUUCUGCUCUGGUGAUCGCCGGGAGUGACAAACGAGGCGCAAUAUACGGCAUAUACACCCUCUCCGAGCAACUCGGCGUCUCACCAUGGUACUGGUGGGCCGACGUACCCCCCAAACACCAUCCCAACAUCUACGCCCAACCCACCACAACCACCAGCCAGGAACCCAGCAUCCGUUACCGCGGCAUCUUCAUCAAUGACGAGGCCCCCGCCCUCACCGGCUGGGUCCGGGCCAAGUUCGGCGGAUACAACGUCCAAUUCUACCAAAGAGUAUUCGAGCUCCUCCUCCGGCUGCGCGCCAACUUCCUGUGGCCGGCCAUGUGGCCCGGCUACCCGAACCCAGGGGCGUCCUUCUUUACCGACGACGGCCAGCAGAAUCAAAGCGCUGCGGAUGAAUGGGGCAUCGUGGUCUCGACGUCGCAUCACGAGCCGAUGCAGAGGCUGGCGAACGAGUGGCUUGCCGAAGAUAAUCCGCUGGGCACGUGGGACUGGCUGACCAACAAGGACAAGAUCACGGCAUUUUUCGAUGCAGGUGUCAAGAGGGCGGCACCGUUCGAAUCGUACCUCACGCUGGGCAUGCGUGGCGAGUAUGACACAAAGAUGCGCACCGACGACCCGGCCGCUGUGGUGCAGGAUGUGCUGCAGGUCCAGCGCUCGCUCAUCAAGGGGGUUCACGGGCGGGAAGAUGCUGUGCCGCAGUUGCUGGCGCUGUACAAGGAGGUGCAGGCGCAGUUCGACAGCGGACGGCUGGAGGUGGCCGAUGAUGUGACACUGCUGUUCUCCGAUGAUAAUUUUGGGUCCAUCCGACGACUACCACGUGGGGAAGAGGCUCGUAGAGAGGGAGGAUGUGGCCUCUACUACCACCUCGAGUACGUCGGCACGCCGCGAAGCUACAAGUGGAUCAACAGCAACUCGCUUGGCAAGGUUUGGCACCAGCUUCGCGAGGCGCACCGUCGUGGGGCAAGGCAGAUCUGGGUGUUCAAUGUGGGCGAUAUCAAGCCUCUUGAAGUACCCUUGACGUUUGCCAUGACUCUGGCCUGGGACGUAGAGUCUGCCAGUACUGCCGACGACGACACGAAUGACGGCAUCCACUACUUCUUGCGCAACCUCGCAAACCGCGAGUUCGGGCCCCUCCUCAGCCAAGACAUCGCAAGGGCGUGGCUUGAGUACGACCGCCUCGUCUCCCUGCGCCGCCACGAACACAUAGAGCCCACGACAUUUUCGUUGCUCCAUCACAAUGAGGCCGAGCUCAUCAUAUCCCGUUGGCAGGCCCUCCUCGCCCAGGCCGAGCAGAUAUACGCCCGCAGCCCAUCCGAGCAGAAACCCUCCGUCUUCCAGCUCGUCCUGCACCCGAUCAAGGCCAGCGCCCUGUUCACCUCCCUCCAAAUCACCGUGGCCCGCAACCAGCUCCACGCCCGUCAGCGCCGCAACUCGACAAACACCCUCGCCGCCCGCGCUCUCGCCCUCUUCAGCGCCGACUUUGAUCUCGCAGAGGAAUACCACGGCCUCCUGGGUGGGAAAUGGAACCACAUCCUCUCCCAGCCGCACUGGGGGUUCGAGAGCGACACCUGGCACGCGCCCAGCCGCGACAUGCUGGCGGGUCUGUGCUACGUCCAGACGCGACAGGCGUCGAACCCAAUCGCAGGUCACAUGGGAAUCAUGGUGGAGGGACACGAGGGCGUACGGCCUGGUCUGACGAAUGAGAACAGUGACUUUACGCAUCCGAGUAAGGGGGACCUUGUGGUGGGAUUGACGCUUGGGGUCAUGACGCGAUAUGGGCCUGCGAGGCGGUGGGUUGAGCUGUUCACACGUGGGACCUGUGUGGUGCACUGGACGGCUCAGGUGUUAUUGUUCGGUGAUCUGGUGCGGCUGUCACGGAUGGAGGGCACUUUGCUCCCUGGGAAGGAGGGGGAGGAGGAUCAGAGGCUGGAGGUGGAGGUCGCGUGGGAUCAUGUCCCGACAGCUUUUGAUGAGACCGUAAUUAUUGAGUUCCGGUCUGACGAAGGUGACCUCGAGCACGUUCAUCUCCCCAUCAACUGUCGCCGCGUUCCAGAUACCUUCCAAGAGGGGUUUGUCGAGGACGAUGGUUAUAUCGUUAUACCACCCACGGCCUGCAAGCAGUUGGGCCCAUGUUACUAUGUCCUCCCGUCCACUGGCAGAACACCUUGGGGCUCCAUUGCCCUCGAUCCAGCUUCACAGACAUCAGAGCCUCCCGCCUGGCUCGAGUAUAAAUUCUUCACCUUCUCAGAUCCAGGCCCGACGGCGGAGGCGGCGACGGCCAGGAGUGACCUCGUGCUGCACUUCAACAUGACCCUCGACCUCGACCCAGACAGCCUUAUGCAAUACGAGUUCUCUAUCGACGGCAGCCCUUUCCACCGACACCGCCUGCUCGAUAUUGAGGCCGUGGAGGAGGGAGACCCCGAGCUGCCGUCUCCCAUCGGGUGGGUGACAGCUGUGCAGGACUGCGCCUGGCGCAAAUUGCACGACGUUCGUUCACAUCUUCUUGGCACGGGCGAGCACUCGUUGCGCUUGCGUCUGUUGCAUACCAAUAUGCUUCUGGAGUCGAUUCUCCUUGACUUUGGCGGCGUGAAGGAGAGUUAUCUUGCCCCCCCGCCAAGUUCUCAUCUGAGAAGCGGAAACUUCGAAGGGGUGGACUUAGGGUGA